GAGCUCGCAUUGCCGGGCGCGCGCCCACCACCCCCGGCGGACCGACCCGGAGCAGCGCCGCUCCUCGCCCGGCCUGCCCAGCCCCCCCCUUCCCCGUCCUGCUCCCCGCCCCGCCGCGCUCGCAGUCUUCCUCAGUUAUCCGGAGAAAACCCUACGUGCCCCAUAAGAGUACUGCCACAUCACAAGCCAACCUGAUGGCGUCCUCUACUGCUGUGCCUGUAGGAUUUCACUAUGAAACAAAAUACGUAGUUCUCAGCUACCUGGGACUUUUGUCACAAGAGAAGCCACAGGAGCAUCCUCCUCCUUCAACACAAGGGACUCAACAACAGCUUAUUGCACAACAUGCUUUGGAGAAAGAGGCUUUGGAGAAGAUUAAGAUAGAAAUUGAGGAGGAGCUAAAACAUCUUGAUGAAGAAAUCUUAGAAGCAUUUACAACUACAGGAUUUGACUGCCACACUUCCCCAGUGUUCAGUCCUGCCAACCCAGAGAGCUCCAUAGAAGACUGCCUGGCUCAUCUGGGGGAGAAAGUGUCCCAGGAACUUAAAGAACAUCUGCACAAAGCACUACAGAGCUUGCUUAGCAAGCCGGUGACAUAUCAAGAAUAUCGACAGCGCACAGAAGAGACAGCUGCCCAUGCCAGUGGAUGGAAUAAGGUCUUGGUACCACUGGUUCUGCUACAACAAUUUCUGAUGGAGUUAACCAGACGGGGCCAAGAGCCACUGAGUGCACUUGUGAACUUCGGGGUGACAUAUCUAGAAGACUAUUCAGCAGAUUAUAUCAUUCAACAAGGAGGAUGGGGGACGGUCUUCACUUUGGAAUCCGAAGAGGAAGAGUACCCCGGGCUCAUCGCGGAGGACAGCAAUGACAUCUACAUCCUGACCAGUGACAACUCGGGACAGGUGAGCCCCCCGGAGUCCCCCACGGUGACCACCUCGUGGCAGUCGGAGAGCCUGCCCGUGUCCCUGUCAGCGAGCCAGAGCUGGCACACAGAGAGCCUGCCGGUCUCCCUGGGACCCGAGUCCUGGCAGCAAGUGGCCAUGGAUCCUGAAGAAGUCAAAAGCCUGGACAGCAACGGCGGGGGUGAAGAGAGGAGUGAGAACAACUCUUCCAACUCAGAUAUUGUUCACGUGGAGAAGGAAGAGAUUCCGGAGGGGAUUGAGGAGGCAGUGGUGGCAGCUGGUGCUGCACAGACAGUGCAGGCAGUGUUUCCAGAACCCCCUGCUCCUUCACAGGAGGUAAAACCUCCAGCUGAAAUUGCUGUUGCUGAAAAAGCACAUCCCUCUGCACUGCUGCGUGCAAAACAGGAGGAAAAGGGAAAAGCGGCUGAAGAGCUUGUUGAACCUGAAACCCCUGUACUAAGUAAACCUGCCCCAAAGUUAACCCCAUCAGAAGAAAAGGCUGCACCAGAACCUGAGAAAAUACUGCUUCCAGGGGAAAAAAUAGUAGGGAAAGAGGGCCGAUUGGAAGAAAUGGAAGAGAAACCCUCUGCUGCAGAGGAGAAGCCUAUCCUACUGCCGGAAGGGAAAUCUAUACUGCUGUAUGGUGGGGCUGCUGCGGUGGCCAUACUAGCUGUAGCAGUCGGAGUAGCGCUGGCGCUUAGGAAAAAGUAAGGGGGCUCUCGUGAGGAAGAGGAGGAGGAGGGGGAAGAGAGAAGAGAGCACGAUCCCAUUUUUGUAGUUGUGUUACCUAAAGGUUGAGCUGCCUGCUGUUUAACUGGACGUUUGAGUAACUUACGGGUGAUGGGGUGAGGUCGUUCAGUAAGCCUCCAGCUAUGGACAAUCAAGUUUUUAGUAGAUUUGGGGCGGGGACUGGUUUUUCGUGAUUAAAGUACAGGGGUAUUUUUAAAAAACAACAAUUCUGCAGAUUUCAGAACUGCAGGUGCUGAAGAAAGGGGCGCUCGUACUCUAGGAACUGGAACAGAGAAUCCCCAGGGGAAGGGGAGAGCCAGCUGCUGCCAACCCCUGGAGUUUGUGGCUUCUCAGACUGACCGCUAUUGCAGCUGUGCUGUCUUGUCGUGCCCCUGAGCCCCCCCUCCCAAACAAACAUUAGCCAACCUGAGUCCUGUAGCGAGAGGCUGGUCUCCCUUUUGUCUCGGCUUCUCUCAGGUACAGCACUGCUCCUCGUAACGUCGCAGGUUCCUCCUAAGCCCCAGUGGGACAGUGCUUAUUCUUACCUCUUUGCUCACAGCGGUUUUGGCCACUCACAUUUACUGGAGCCCCAUCCUGUAAAGAUGCUGCCUCUUGAUAGCUGUAUUAUCUCUGAGCAUCUGGGUGUUCCUGGGGGAGAGGUGCAGGACGCGCUUUGGCUGCCCAGGAGGGACGCUGCUCUUUGCUGGUUUGAGAAUCCAUUAGCUCCAUGAGUUACCAGAGGUGCAGAAUUCAUGCUGGACACAGUGCCAUUCUGAUCAGAAUUGUGACACCAGGGUAUGUUCAGCCAAGACACAACAAAACUAUGUGGAAGCGAGGCCUCUGCAAUUCAAAGGUUAAAGGCUCUGCUGUACCAUGCUGCAGUCUGUACUGUCCUUCCCGGGUUCAGCACAGUGUAUUUAGUCCUAACUUGGUCUUGGCUGUGACAGAAUCCUAGGUACAUAAGGCAAUGGAUUCUGGUGACUCAGCAACACAGCAUUAAACAUCUCUUCUGUCUGCCUGUUCCUGAGCUGACCUGA